CACCCUGUGCAAAUAUGAGCUGCCGGUAUUACUGUACUAUUUACAAAUCGCCCCUUUAGAAUGGAAAUCAGAGAGAGCAAGAGGGAGAACAGAGGCUGAACAUGUCUGGGUUGGUUUCCUGCUGGCUGCCCAGGAACUUCCUCUGGAUUCUGGUUCUCGGUGGCCGCUGAUAAGCACGGGAGCUCACGUCUCCCACUUCCAAGCUCCCAGGGGACCCCGGUGCUGGCCUCUGGGCCCAACCCCGUGGGCCGAGAGCGUGGUCUCAGGGCCGGUCCCCUCUUUCUCUCCCGCUCUCUCCGAGAACUAAUUUAGCGGAGAGGGUUUGGUUAGCGCGUUGGGCAAGCUGUGCCCAAAAUAGCCCUUUCCAUUUCGGUGGCUUCAACUUUGCAGCUGCCGCCGUCUCUUCGUGGUCUGGGAAGAAGACUUUCACAUCCAGAGUUGCUGAUGCGGACUUUCUUUCUUUCCCCUCUCGGCCUGACGAGCGCUUGGCUCCUGACAGAAGCCGUUUGGCUCCCRGCUCUGUAGUUGGGCAGAAGUUGGGUCCCUAGAUCCCCCCCAGCUCUCAUUGAUGCGUUGAGCCUCGGAGGGACUGGCACUGCGAGUAAGCAUGUUGGCGUCUCCAGGGGUCCUCCUGCAUUCCUACGGUGUGCCCAUGAUCCUGCCCGCAGCACCCUACUUCCCUGGACCCAUUCAGGGUAAUCAGGAAGCAGCAGCUGCCCCUGACACGAUGGCCCAGCCUUACGCUUCGGCCCAGUUUGCUCCUCCGCAGAACGGCAUCCCCGCGGAAUACACGGCCCCCCACCCCCACCCCGCGCCAGAGUACACGGGCCAGACCACCGUCCCCGAGCACACGUUAAACCUGUACCCUCCCGCCCAGUCGCACUCGGAGCAGAGCGCCGCGGACACCAGCGCGCAGACCGUGUCCGGCACCGCCACACAGACAGACGACGCAGCACCACCGGACGGCCAGCCCCAGACGCAGCCUUCUGAAAACACAGAAAACAAGUCUCAGCCCAAGCGCCUGCAUGUCUCCAAUAUCCCCUUCCGGUUCCGGGACCCAGACCUCCGGCAAAUGUUUGGUCAAUUUGGUAAAAUCUUAGAUGUUGAAAUUAUUUUUAAUGAGCGCGGCUCAAAGGGAUUUGGUUUCGUAACUUUCGAAAAUAGUGCCGAUGCGGACAGGGCGAGGGAGAAAUUACACGGCACCGUGGUAGAGGGCCGUAAAAUCGAGGUAAAUAAUGCCACGGCUCGCGUCAUGACAAAUAAAAAGACCGUGAACCCCUAUACAAACGGCUGGAAAUUGAAUCCAGUUGUGGGUGCCGUCUACAGUCCCGAGUUCUAUGCAGGCACGGUGCUGCUGUGUCAGACAAACCAGGAGGGACCCUCCAUGUACAGUGCCCCCAGUUCACUUGUAUAUACUUCCGCAAUGCCCGGCUUCCCGUAUCCAGCUGCCACCGCGGCAGCCGCCUACCGAGGGGCGCACCUGCGAGGCCGCGGCCGCACCGUGUACAACACCUUCAGGGCCGCGGCGCCCCCACCCCCUAUCCCGGCCUAUGGCGGAGUAGUGUAUCAAGAGCCUGUGUAUGGCAAUAAAUUGCUGCAGGGUGGUUACGCUGCCUACCGCUACGCCCAGCCCACUCCUGCCACUGCUGCUGCCUACAGUGACAGAAAUCAGUUCGUCUUCGUUGCAGCAGAUGAAAUUUCUUGUAACACCUCUGCAGGCCUAAAUUAUAACCAAAAUAAUUACUAGGAAAUCUUGCCAGUGUGUUGCUCUUGGCCAACGAGGGAGGACCUAACAGCUCAUCCAUUGCUGGCUGAGCAUGCCAGGACCUUCAAAAGCAGACAUUAAGCCCGAGCUUACAAAUAGACCCUCAUCUGUUACCAGCCACCGUUGUCAAUGAAGCAGUAAAAAAGCUUGCUUGCUAAUGCUCCUCUCCCUAUUUGGAGUCUUUGGUGAGAGUGAAUGAGAGGAAGGACAGGGUUAGGAAAAUGUCCCUGGCCCUCUCUGUCCCCACAGGCAGGACCACCCCCAAACUCUGCAUCAUUUCACUUAAAGAGUUGGUCUCAGCACAUUUCAUGGUGUGAAGUCUGACCCUUUGAGUUCCAAAGGUUUGCAUGCUGAUUUUUUUAAAGCAAUUUGCUGACUCCAUUUGUACGAAAUCCCUUUGACAAUGACCGUGCUGUUUCCCCACUUCCUCCGCUUCUCCCUGUGAGAGGUGGUGACAUCCUAGCACUCCACUAACACCUCACAGCAUCAGGUCACUUGUAAUUGGCCCUUCUCGGGGUGGCAGGGGAGUGCUCCUGGGCUGCCAGAAUAGUCUGAGGUUCAGAGCCUUGAAAGAGGGGCACACACAACUCAGGGGAAGGUGCAGGCCAGAAGUCGGGGUGCUCUGUACACAGGCUUAAAUCUGUGGACGUGCUGGGUUCUAGAGCUUCUGACUUCCCUGUGAAACUCUGUGCAUGCUCCAGGGUGUCUUGGACUAUAUUUUGACAUCAGAGACCCAACACUGAAAUGUCACAACCUAAAAUAUAGAACCUGCUUUCAUCCCACCACUCAACAAACCCUGCCAUGUCAGCAGGUGACCCACACAUCAGAUUCCCAAAAGGAGCGAUGGCAUUGAACGUCUGUAUGAGGACGGCAGGGGUUUGCACCCACCUUAUUUAAUUCCAAAUGGCCGCUCGAUGAAUUCUUAAUGAAUUGCUAUUGAUUGCAUUUCAAAUUGAUAGAGAUUCCCUCGUCCUCUGAUGGUCACAUUAAUAAUAUGUCGUGGGCUGCAGAAAGUUCCAUUGGAACUCUGAAUUUUGAAUCGAGCAUGAAAACKGAGACACCCAUCUCACCCCAGUCCAUAGUGGGAAAGAGGCAUCAGCCCUGCAGUGAAGUGAGGGUCUUCCGGGGCUUCCUCCUCUCUGUGCUGCAACCCAGCCCACCCACACUGCACACAGCACCCCUGCCAGGAUCUCGCCUCCUGGUGCGAACACCCCACGAAGGGCAGGCCRUUGCAUCCUGAUAUUGGCAAACACGAGGGUUUGGCUAAAGUCAAGGUGUCUCUUUUUACGUGGAGAAAGAAAUCAACACAAUGCUUAAAAUCUGGGGGGGUGGGUGCAUGCUGGAUUUCAUGCCCCGAGAGUCUUUUGAAGAUGUGCUCUUGAAGCAACACUGCCAUCAGAGCAGCCCAGASAGUCCUGUCGUGACUUAGGGUAGAGACGGGGAGAUGAAAAUCAUUAGGCCGGAGCAAUGACAGCACCCAGGGCUUCCUUUAAGUUCCCCAAGGCAAWGUGACAGUUCUUACUGGAGACUUUUGCAAAGUAUGCCAAAAUGCCCGUUUUGCUUUGAUUGGCCACGUAGGAUAAACGCUUUUCCUUAGCAUUAGUGGAUUGUGAGACUGUGUUUACAGGGACACCAGUUUUCUAAGUCAGUGUUGCAACAAUGGUAUGGCUUGUUUUGCUUUAUUUUGUGAUAAAGGGCACCACUGGGCACUGUCCCUUUAAGAGCAGGGCAGACGCGUGCCUUGAAUAGUCUCCUGUUUUGUGGCACCAAGAGUCUCCAGGACUUAGAUUCUGCAGGAGAUGGCAAGGGGGCAAAUGAUUUUCCCGUCUUCUUAGACUUCAAGUCUCCCUGCCUCUUGGUUUACUAGAACUUUUCCAGGCUGGGCUGGUGGCUGAAGCAGAGUAGUCGGGUCCUGCAUGAGAAUGGAGAUUGAAAAGGAAGUUACUGAUUUGGAUGAGAGGCUGGAAAUUCACUGGAGUCCAUCAUAACCUAUGGAGCCAAUGUCGUGUGCGAGGAAUUGUGCUGAGCUCUGAGGUCACAGCCUUACAUAAGUCGGGAGAAGACCCCAGGGAAAGAAUCUCCCUUCUCCUAGAGAGCAGAUCCCAGCAUGCAUCUGAAGGAGCACAGGGUUCGCUUGUCCAUGAAGCUAUACAGGGUCAAUGAGCCACACAGCGGGGGAGAGCCAGAACCUGGAGUGAAAGGCCAUGUCAGAUUCAGAUCUGAGAAGGCCUCUCUGAGGACCGACAUUGGAGCAGGGACCUGGGUGAAGGCACGAGCCAGGUCCACAGUUGCCAAGUUGAGAGUGAUUCAGGUUGAGCUGGCAGUGAGUGCAGAGGCCCUGGGUUUGAGGCAGGCUUGAGAGUUCCACGCAGUGAGGCUGUAACAUGUGAGUACAAGUGUUUUAGAGAUGGUAUCCGAGGGUUAGCCAGGGCUCGGAGCAGGUGGAUCUUGGCGCCCAUGAACAUGUUUGGAGUUUUACUUUAAGUGUCAUGGGAGGGCUUGGGAGGGCCACACUGCAUCUGACUUAGAUUUUUAAUUGGUUGGUUAGAUGCUUUGUGGAGACCAGAUGGCCAUAUGGUCAGAGCAGAAGGGAGGGAGGCUCUUGCAGCUGUCCAGAGAGGAGCCACCAGAGCUGGGGAGGGCACCAUGGCUGUGUAAUUCAGGAAGUGGUUUCCUGGAUUUUGAUGGGAGAACAGAUAGGACAUGCUGGAAGGCUGGCAGCUGCAGUCUGCCUUAGGUGUCCAUGCUCCCUCUUCUCUGAGGCCGCCUGAGUGACUUCCUAGUGUGCCAAGGCUGUAGUCGCAGUGGGGAGUGAGUCCUGCUCCCUGCAGCCAAGGUCCCUGCACAGGCUUGACUGAAUCCCUCAGGGUGUGGCAAGAACGUGCUGUUGUUUGCUGAGCAAAUUCCACACUGGCAGGUGUGACACGUUCGGCACGUGCAUGCUUGUGCACAUGUGUGCACGAGCAGACGGAUAUGUGUGUGUGUGUGUGUAAAGACAGAGUCUCAGGACAGACGGCGGAGCUGGAUGGUAGCAUCAUCCCGGUUUUGAAGAUCAAGAAAGAAAAGGAAAGGCUCAGACCCAGAGGUCUGAACCAGCCCAGAGCCACCCCGGAGGCCUUCAGGAGCCAAAGCUCACUCACAGGGUCACCCUGGCCCUACUGCCCCUCUCUCCUGACCUUCCUGACUUUCUGCUUCCARGUGGGGGACCCCUUUCUCCUGCUGUGCUCUCUUUCCUCUAGAAAAGUACCAUCUUUACCCUGGAAGGCACUUUUGCUAACAUCUUGAGGAAGCCCACGGGCACCGGAGGGUGUUUGCUUAACUGGACCUGUCCCCGUUGGGCAGCAGGUGUAGGCCGAUGGCUCCUAUGUCCAGGGCGGGGUCUUCUUUAGGUGCAGGGUUUGGCCUAGGUCAGAUGCCAGGCCAGAGAGCCUAAUGUGCAUAACAGGGACAGAGGGUUGAGCGGGUGCAGUGUGCUCUAGGCCGGCCUACCAGACACAUUUGUUGUGGUUGUUGGGAAUCCAUGGCUGAACAUCAAUUACCCUAAAACUACCAGACAAUUCAAGCUAGUCAGUUUUGCCGGUUCCAGAUAAGAAGUUCUCAGCUGGGAUGGUGUGUGUGUGUGUGUGUGUGUGUGUGUGUGUGUGUGUGUGUGUGUUGAGUACAGGUGGAGGCUGGGGCUCUCUCCAGUAGCAAGACCAGAACCCCAUAUCAUGGUGGCACAAGAAGCAAACCUGAGACACAGUCCCAGUUCCAGUUAACACAAGACAGUGCCCCAUGCGUGGUGUAAGGGCAGGCAGCUGUGCACACCUCUGCAAAAGCUGCUGAAACUGUCCCCUAUGGGGAGCUCACUCAACUGUCCCCUGUGGGGCAAGGUUUACUAAAUAGUAAAAGCAGUAUCUGUCAAGCUCAGGAGCCUAGGGGGGUGUGCGGCCUCUUCCGUCCAUCCAUCUCCCCUCAAUGUGCACACACAGGCACGCGAUUGCAACAAAACUUCAAGAUAACGUUGAGAAGAAAUUUCCAAAUUGGCCAUUCCUCUCAUUGACCCUUCAGCAAGUCCCAUCUGUCUUCCCCGCAUUUGGGUGAUUUGCUUAUUCAGCAAAGUUGUCAUUCAGCAAAUUGAUCUGUGGUUAAUUGGUCUGUUUCCAAUGAAGUGCGGGGUUUCUUGCCAGGGGAAGUACUGGGUGCCACCAGAGCAUACAAGCAAAGAAACUCUGCAAAAGGGACGACUGCAUUUAUUAUAAGCUUACUGUGUACAGCACUGUUCUGAGAUUGUUGUAUGCAAGAAUAUAAGAGUAAAAUAUCCUCAUCCGUUUAUUUGUGAAAAUUAAAGACAUCUAGGCAGCCCUGAAUCAGCCUGAAUAGGAGAAUGGUGUAUCAGUGCAAAAUUAAUAAAAACAUGAAAUAGUAGUUACCAAAUUUUGGAGGAGUGAAAAUUGAUGCCAAACUUAUUGCAAAUGCAGAGCCCAUUCCAUACCCCCAGAUUCUUGAAUCUGGAGAAGGUUCCUGAAAUUCUGCCUUCUGACAAUUUCCCCAGAGAUUGCCGUAGAGGAGUGUGCAGAUCUYACCUUGGGAAACAGUGGUGCUCAGUGGAGUCUUUCUGUUCAACAGAAAGCAGGUGGGAAGGUUUUCCAGACUAUUCUGAUGACCUCCAGUGACACAGGGCACUGAACUCUUGAAAUGGGCUGGGCCACUGUGCCAUGGGUUAUACGUGUAAAACACAUUGGAUUUCCAAAACUUAGCAUUCAAAAGCUAGGUAAAAUAUUUCAUUGAUAAUUGUAUGUGAAUCACACAUUGAAAUGAUAAUAG